AUGCCCAACGUGACGAUGACGGCGGGCGGUCCUGCCUCGCUCGAGCGUAUGCACCCUCCCCGUAAACAGCGACGUGCAAUGAUGAUCGAAGCACUGGGUGUCGAUCGCUCCGUAGUCGCACCCGUUCGCAUUCCAGGCUCCCGGCUUGACAAUCCGGGCCCCACCCCCAAGGCACCUACGGUAUGAGCGCACCCUACAAGGGCGAAAAGGUGAGUGAUUCAUAGGCUGCACAAUGGGUAAUACGUCGUGCUCUCACAUCAUACCCCGCUAAGCCGAAAGUGCAUCCCAGGCGCGAGCUACAGUACGAUAGUCCGGGCGAUAAUCCUCAUUUCGCUAUGUGCGGGGAUCGGCACACGCCACGAAGGCAGGCGCGAAGGGCGCGUCCCGCAGACGAACAAGCACAGCGACUGCCUCCUCGACUUCGCCUGCGCAUCCUACUCUCAGCUCGCAUUCGCAGUUUUGGUACCCCAUACACAAGCUCGUGCAUCUUGUCAGGGUAUUUU